ACUUCCUUCUGUGUCCGCACUAACAGUUGGGACCCAAACUUCGCCGGCAUCGAGAUCAAUCGUCACAAGUAAAAAUGAUCAAACGGUCUGCGAUCGGCCAACCGAUCGAAACCAUCGCGGGUCUCUCCUGCCUUUGCCUUAUUGCAGCAAAAGGCAGGAGAUGCCGGCAGACAUGGGCCCUUGCUCUCCGUACGACCCGUUUCCUCUUAUUCCAUCUCUGGUUUCCCCGACGUAUGUAUAUAGGUGUUUCCCACCUUGCUGCCUCCCCCGUCAUUCCCACAGCACCUUUGAGUUGCCGUUAUUCCUCGCAACUUUCUUUUACGCCCUUACCACACUCGAUACAUUAGGUCUUUACGGAGUAAGCUGGCGCUGGCCGUCCAUCUUCAGCCACCUUUUUUUUACAACAGUCAGCUUACAGGACCGGAGCUCUAUUGGAGCUUAUCUGGUUGGAAGCAUAUUUUGUACCCAGCCCCUUCCUGCCGUCUCGAACCAGACCUACUUGGU